GGAGGGAUCUGAUACGGACUACACCCAGCCGCCGCAUCACUACCCUGGCUUUCUUUUGCUGCCCUAGCCUUGGCGUUGGUUAACGUCGGAGUGUGGGUUGGAUUGGAGACUCCCAAAUUCGUAUUUUGGUUUUCCUCCGGUUUAGGUGUGUCCCGCUUGGCAACCGUACCUCCGAAGCUCUAGGGAUUUUUUUAUAUAUAGCAUCGAUUUCUUUAAAAAAUGUCUUGGCAAAGCUACGUGGAUAACCUGAUGGCCGAUGGCAGCUGUCAGGAUAGCGCCAUUGUUGGAUAUACGGACGCCAAAUAUGUUUGGGCAGGACAUGCCGGUGGUACAUUCAACAAUAUUACGUCCCAAGAAAUAGACAUCCUUAUCGGUAAGGACAGGGAGACCUUUUACACCAGCGGUCUCACUCUGGGCUCAAAGAAGUGUUCAGUCCUCAGAGAUAGCCUCCUUGAUGACGGGGACUGGACAAUGGACAUCCGGACCAAGAGCCAAGGAGGAGAACCUACAUAUAAUGUCACUGUGGGAAGAGCUGGAAAAGUUUUGGUUCUUGUAAUGGGAAAAGAAGGCGUCCACGGCGGCGGCUUGAAUAAGAAGGCUUUCUCAAUGGCAAAAUACUUGAGGGAAUCAGGGUUUUAAUGUUUUCAAGCUCAUAGAUGAAAUUGAGAGACAAAAAAGAGAAAAGAAAUAUUGCUGUUAAGAUUUCUCCUGCAAGCAGUCAAAUGUCUUGGAAACUUUAAUAGCAAUGGAAGUGGUAAGAUACUGUGUCACCUUUGUCCCCCCCCCCCCUUUGUUCUGUAGGGUUGGGGAGGGGGGAGAAGUUGUUCAUUUCUCUUUUUUCCUUGUGUGCUCCAGUAUUGGUUUUUAGUCAUGGGGAGAGGAGGAGGUCCAUGGUGGAAAUCUUAACAACAAAGCACAUACAAUGGCUGGCUGACUACCUGAGGAGGUCUGGAUAGCAACCUAUCCAUCAACUUAGCAGCUCACUCUCUCCCACCGCAUUGUGUUGACACUACUUCCAGGAUAAGAUGGCAUUCAAUGAAACUUCCCCCUUCCCAGUCAACUUUUGUAAACAGCCUUUUGUUUGGUUAACUCCUUCCACACUCCUUUUUUUUUUUUUACGUUUCCACACUAAAAUAUUGUACUUCUCAUAUUUUUGGCCCUACAUUAAUGGCAUGUUCCUUGAAAUGUUUGUUAACCAAAAGUGUGCAAAGAAACGAUUGUAAAAUAAAUUUCAACUCCCCUUGUAUGACACUCAUUUAGCAACUGGCAAAAAUUCCAAGGGGAAGUACACAUCUAAUAGUGGCGAUAGUUUGCAUAGUAUUGCUUUUUGAGCAUUGCUACAGGAUCACUUUUUUUUUUUUUUUUCCAUCAGCAUGAAUUUAAAAGUUGCAUGCAUACCCUCUUAGCAAGCGCCCUGUUUACCGCCCCCCCCCCUCCCCCCAUCCCAGCCAAAACUAUCCUCUCUUCUGCCUCAUCUUCGUCUCAGAGACUCUGUUAAACCACAAUUUCCUCUGACAACGUCCUGUAUGUGUAUACCAGUUCACCAUCCUCAAGCACAAUGUCUUUUACCCCCCCCCACCCUCCCAUUAUGUGCUUUUGCUAUUGUAUCUGAAUGUGGUCUUACAUGUUUAUGAUGUGGUUUUGGGCUGUUUGAGUGUAGUUGCAAGGGCAGCAUUGCUGAGGUCUCAAGAUAUUGUCACGAGACUUCCCCACAUCCUGGAGUCUGACCGCUCGUUCAUUUGUCAGUCAGCUUCUGCUAUUUAUACAUUUUCUGUAAAUCACUACACACCUGUUACCCCCCCCCCCUUCUCUCUCCUUUUCCUUUGGACCAAUUGUCAGUAUAAAAGAAUUAUCAGAAUUACUUCAGCCUAAUCUGAUUGUUGGCAUCAUCUGUUGACUGUAAAUCAUAAAGCCAACUUCUAAUGACUGUAAAACAUUUAACUGCUUCCAUAGACUUCAACACUACUUAAACCCUUCAUCACUAAUUGACUUGUUGCUAACUUUAUGUCCAUUAACCAAUGAAACGGUAAUGUCAUUUGACUACGGUAUGAAUGCAUUUUGACUGUAAACCAAGGCUGUUGGGCUCCAACACUUGGGAAUUAUUUGCCUUGUGCUUUAGUCAUCAAAGGUGUAUUCACAAAUUGUCAUAGUAUGGUACUUAGAAGUAUAUUUAAAAGAAGAAAAAACAAUGCUGUGUACACUAAACAUAUUGAAAAUGGUGUUGGUUGGAAUAAGAACAUUUGUAAGGCGUCUUGUGAAAUUUUUCUGAGAAUAACUGUGUAUUCUGUGCCAUAAAAAUUGAUCUGAUCUGUUGCUACUACGAGUUGGAUUUUUAACUGCUGUCCCAGCAAGAAGUAACUUCUAAUGGCACUUUCCUAAGGGAUAUUUUGAAUCAGUAAUCUCCAGACUUUGGAAUAUGUACAGAAUUAAACAACAGAAAAAAAGUUUGCAAUACUUUGUCUUUUGUUUUCUUUGUUGGAAAUUCCAUCUGCCACAAAAUCUAUUUCAAAUGCCAUGAAUUGAUGAGACAUUUUGUUUACCGACAGAUCAAAUAAAAGUUAUUCCAACCAGA